AUGUCUCUCGACGAACGUUUCGACGCAGCAGUCACUAUUAUACAAAAACUGCCCAAGGAAGGACCUGUCAGCACGUCCAAUGAGCAGAAACUCGAAUUCUACUCGUUGUUCAAACAAGCAACCAUUGGAGACGUAAACACAGAUAGACCUGGUAUCUUCAGCAUAAUUGAGAGAAAAAAAUGGGAUGCGUGGAAAGCAGUCGAAGGUGUUAGCAAAGAAGAAGCUAAGCAACGCUAUAUAAAAGUGCUGCUCGGAAUGUUCGAUAAAAUUGCGGAGGAACUUGACAUGGACGUGUGGCUGAACAAGGAAUGUGAUCCCAUAAUCAAAACAAAUCUGGCACUGUUGGGAAAAUCAUAA